AUGGCUACCCCUAGUGUCCUCGCUUUUGACGCUGAGGGUCGGGCCAUUGACUUUGACGUCUGGAUAGAUGACCUGCAGCUUUUCUUACAGUACGAUAGGGCGGACGGUCUCUCUCUCUUUCACGUCACCUCUGGUGCCUCUCCUGCCCCUGUUCCUGAUGCUGACGCCACUGUCCGUUCACAGUUGGCCACGCGCGAUGCUGCUGCACGUCUUGCUAUGCGUCGCCACCUGCCUACCUCUGAGCGUGCGCACUUUAGCCAGUACAAGAGUGCUCAGACCUUGUACGACGCUGUAGUUGCACGCUACUCCUCCCCUGCCACUGCUGCACUGAGCCGCCUCAUGCUACCGUACCUCUUCCCUGACCUUGCUGCCUUUCCCACAGUCGCUGACCUCAUUACGCACCUCCGCACUAGUGACACUCGCUACCGCGCUGCGCUUCCUGCUGAGUUCUGCGCCAAGAACCCCCCCCCCAUGUACAUCACUCUCUUUUACAUAGUCACCCGCCUCCCAAACUCCCUUCGCGUAGUCAGGGACCACUUUCUCUCAGUCUGUCCCACCACUCUCACUGUUGACCUCCUCGAGAAGGCCUUCCUAGCAGCGGAGAAGGGCAUAGUUGCUGUAGGGGCCUCUCGUGGUGACCCGCGCACCCCCAUCUUUGAGGGGUGUUCCCCCUCCCCUCUUUUGCCCUCUGUUGCCUCUGUUGCUGCCGCCAACCUCGUUGGGGCGCUGGAGGAGCUAGCGGGGGCGGUGAAGGCGGCGGUGGAGGCAGUGGAGGGGGUGGGGGUUGUGGUGGGAGUGGAGGCGGGGGUGGAGGUGUCGGCGGCGGCAGUGGAGGCGGAGGCGGCAGCGGCGGUGGCGGUGGGAGCGGAGGUGGUGGAGGUGGCGGAGGUGGAGGAAGCGGUGGCGGAGGAGGAGGAGGAGGAGGUCGUGGCUCUUUGCAGAGGAGUGGCUCCGGUGGUGGUCAGCACCAGCAGCAGCAGCGCAGUCGGGAGACCCUGUCCCCUUAGCAGCUUCGUGAGUGGUACGCUGCACGCCAGCGGGGUGGGGGUACUGGUCCGUGCACCUACGUCCUGCGCACCGGCGACCGUGCGGGUGAGCAGUGUGGGAGUGCGCACCCUACCCAGCGCUGCUUUGGCCGCCUGA